CCCGGUCGGGAAGGUGAGACAUUCCGGAUCGUCCCGGGGAAAUCAGGAGGUGGGAUCACCUUGCUCCAGCGCCAUGGGUGUGAUAGGUAUACAACUGGUUGUUACCAUGGUGAUGGCCAGUGUCAUGCAGAAGAUCUUACCUCACUAUUCUCUAGCUCGCUGGCUUCUCUGUAAUGGCAGUUUGCGAUGGUAUCAGCAUCCUACAGAAGAAGAGUUACGCCUUCUUGCGGGAAAACAACAAAGGGGAAAGAGCAAAAAAGAUAGGAAAUAUAAUGGUCAUAUUGAAAGUAAGCCACUAACCAUUCCAAAGGAUAUUGAUCUUCAUCUAGAAACAAAGGCAAUUACAGAAGUGGAUACUUUAGCAUUGCAUUAUUUUCCUGAGUAUCAAUGGCUGGUGGAUUUCACUGUGGCAGCUACAGUAGUGUAUCUAGUAACCGAAGUCUACUACAGUUUAAUGAAACCUACACAAGAAAUGAAUAUCAGCAUUGUCUGGUGCUUGCUUGUUUUGACUUUUGCAGUCAAGAUACUGUUUUCGCUGACUACACACUAUUUCAAAGUAGAAGAAGGUGGUGAAAGAUCACUUUGUGUUACCUUUGGAUUUUUUUUCUUUGUCAAAGCCAUGGCAAUCUUGAUUGUUACUGAAAACUACCUAGAAUUUGGACUUGAAACAGGUUUUACAAAUUUUUCAGAAAGUGCGAUGCAGUUUCUUGAAAAGCAAGGUUUAGAAUCCCAGGGUCCUGUGUCUAAACUUACUUUCAAAUUUUUCCUGGCUAUUCUGUGUUCACUUAUUGGUGCUUUUUUGACUUUCCCUGGGUUGCGGCUGGCUCAAAUGCAUCUGGAUGCCCUGAAUUUGACAACAGAAAAAAUAACACAAACACUACUUCACAUAAACUUCUUGGCACCCUUACUUAUGGUCCUGCUGUGGGUAAAACCAAUCACCAAAGACUACAUUAUGAACCCAACUUUGGGUAAAGAAAGUGUUCCUUUGAUGACAGAAAGUACUUUUGAUACUGUGCGGUUGUGGUUGAUCAUCCUCCUGUGUGCUCUGAGGUUGGCUCUGAUGCGCAGUCACCUGCAAGCAUACCUGAACUUAGCCCAGAAGUGUGUGGACCAGAUGAAGAAGGAAGCCGGCCGAAUAAGUACCGUUGAUUUGCAGAAAAUGGUGGCGAGAGUGUUUUAUUACCUUUGCGUAAUUGCUCUGCAGUACGUGGCACCUCUGGUCAUGCUGCUCCACACAACCUUACUUUUGAAAACACUAGGUAAUCAUUCGUGGGGGAUUUAUUCCGAGUCUAGCUCUGACUCUCUAGUGGAGAACCAUCCAUUCUCUGGUUCUGUUCACUCUGAAAUACCAUCUACUGAUGAAAAAAUGAAGGUAACUGUUACGCAGAUAACAAUGGCACUGGGCAGCCUAAAGACCAUCUUCACUCCUCUGCUCUUCCGAGGACUCUUGUCCUUUCUGACCUGGUGGAUUGCUGCUUGCCUCUUUGCCACAAGCCUUUUUGGACUUUUCUAUCACCAGUACCUAACUGUGGCAUAAACUAAUCAGCUAACAAAGACAACAACAGUAAAAGAUAGCGAAGGCAACCUAGUUUGGUGUCCAUGUGCCUUUGAAGAAAGGGCUGAGGAAAAUCAGAAGAAAGCAGAAAGACUGAAGAAAAAUACAUAUCAUCCAAGUAGCUUCUUUUUUUUAAUUCUUCCUCUGUCUUCUCAGGGUGAAUUGAUGUUUUAAUGUUUAAAAUCACAAGUUGGUUUAUUACUUUUGUUAUGUAAAUAGGUGAGUAACUUUUGAAUCGUGACAGUAGGACUGUGACUUUUCUUUCUAUAGAUAAAUAUAUAUACACAUAUCUAUGUGUGUAUAUAUGUGGUUAUGCAUGUGUAUGUACAUAUGUGUGUGUACACACGUAUAUACAUAUAUAUGUACCGAUGUAAGAGGGCUAUUUAAAUGCUUGUGAUACCUUGGUUUACAGUAACACCUAACUGUUCUUGAAAUUAUGUUUAUGAUUUCAGUCAUUGUCUGAUGUCUUUUAAUGGUACUAAGGUACUGGUAAUUUUAAUGGUGGCUGUCUAGAGAACAAUCUUGAAACUGAGCCAUACUUGGGGGGAGACAAGGGAGAAACAAAUAAACUUCUGUUGGAACUGUUUUAGUUGCUCUUCCAGAUAAGUAACAGCAACUACAACAAAUCCAACAGGAAAGAAGAAACAGCUGCUGUAUAUUACAGCAAAGGAAGCAGUAGCGUAUUUUAAUUUAAUGGAGAUGUAAGUGCAUAUUAUCAGCAAGCAUUGCUGCCUGAGCAUAGCAGGAAUUGUUAUUUUAAAAUGUACAUUGUCUUGAUCUCUGCAGUUCUUUAAAACAACAACAACAAAUGGCCAUAUGAACAAUUGCUUUUAGCAGCUUGCUGCUAAGAUUGGAUCUCACAAAUUUGGAUGGGCCUCAAUUUCUGCGUUUUUCUAUAUUAUUGGACAAAUUUAUCUUAAAACACUAUAAAAAUAUUUAUCAGCACUGAUCAAACUUAAAAAUAUUUCUUAGUCCUGCUGAAUACAUAUAUGUAUUGUACAUAUUAUAUAUUAAGUAUAUAAUAUAUUGGAGCUAUAAAAGAUGAACAUAGAGAAAUCUUAUUUUAAGCUGAUUGUAUAUCAGAAAGGUGAUUGAAUGGAGGUACAAACGUGUUUAGAAGUUUCAGGCUUUUUGAAUGAAAAUUAAAAGUCAUUUUUGAAAGUUCAGCAGAAAGCUGUUGGUUUGUACUGCUUUAGGACACUUUAGUUUCUUAAAAAUGUUUGGCACUUCUUAGUUGAACUUCACUCAUAUAUUGUAAUCCUUACUCUGUCGUUUGUUAUGUUCCUUAGAGUAAAAGCUUCAGAACCCUUUAUAUUAUGACCAAUAAUAAAAAUUUCAUUUGAAUCUUUAUAAAUCAAAUCUUCCUAAAAGAAAUAAAUAGGACUUUUAAAAAUGUCUUAUCCUGUAGUUUCAGAAGCAAGAAAUAAUCAAAUAUUUGAUAAAGAUUUUAAUUCAGUUAGGGGUUUUUUUAAAUAUAUAUAUACAG